AUGCCAGGAGCCAAACGCCCCGGGGAGACCCUUGCCUCCCUCCUCACCGCCCUCUUCCUCCUCGUCUUCCUCGCCCCCCGCCGGGCUCGCUCCCAGAACGAGACGGAGCCCCUGGCACUGGAGGGGAAGUGCUUGGUGGUGUGUGACUCCGAUCCGCAGGCCAGCCCGAGGAAGGGGAUGGGGGGAGAGGGGGCAUCCCUGGGGAUGUCGGUUCGUACCGCCGGCGUCAGGGCCGCCUUCUCCGCCCUGCGGGGAACCAACCAUGAGCCAGCGUCGCCCCCCAAUGGGUCUGCCUCCGUCCGAUUUGAUCAGGUCUUGGUGAACAUCGGCCGGCACUUCAACCGGGAGCUCAGCGUGUUCGUGGCUCCACAGAGGGGCGUCUACAGCUUCACCUUCCACGUGGUCAAAGUGUACAACCGUCAGACCAUCCAGGUGAGCCUGAGUGUGAAUGGCCGGCCGAUCAUCUCCGCCUUUGCCGGCGACCAGGAAGUGACCCGUGAGGCGGCGACUAAUGGCGGGCUGGUUCACAUGGAGAAGGGUGACCGGGCCUCGCUCCAGCUGGAGCAGGGGAGCCUCGUAGGUGGCUGGAAGUUCUCCACCUUCUCUGGCUUCCUGGUCUUCCCACUGUAA